AUGAACCGAAUACCCGAUGUCUAUAACUUAGUAAAAAAUAACGCUUAUCUGGACACAGACCUCAGCAAAUAUUUAAAAGGUACUAACCAUCUUAAAAAACAAAAUGCUCCAGAGCUCCGUAAAGCUUUAUGGCCGGUUGACUGGAACAAACUUACGGAAAAAAUCAGAAACCAAAGUAUUUACAAAAAUUAUCAUUCAUGGAAACUCGUAGCGUACAUUGUUAAAUCUAAUGAUGAUAUUAGACAAGAAAAAAUUGUAUCUCAAUUAAUUAGUAUUCUCAACGAGAUUUUUCAAACCGCAAAUCUACCUUUAAAAAUAAUAAAUAGCGAUAUCCUCGUCUUUAACAAUAACUGUGGCUUAAUUCAAUAUUUUGAAAAUACACAGUCUUUUGACGCGCUAAAGCAAAAAUUAAAAGUAACAAGCAUUGCUGAAGUCUUCAAUUUGGCUUUUGCUGAUACAAUACAGGAAGCCAGAACAUCGUUUAUCCUGUCUCACGCUGCUUAUUCUCUUCUGUCGUAUUUAUGUGCAGUCAAGGAUCGUCACAAUGGUAAUAUAUUAUUAACCAAAAGUGGAAGCGUUAUACAUAUAGACUAUAGUUAUAUCUUUUACAGUUCUCCCGGUUUCGUAAAUUUUGAGACUGCGCCGUUCAAGCUGACAAGCGAAAUAUUAGACGUUAUGGGCGGGGUCAACUCAGCAGGGUUUGACUUGUUUAAAGAAUUAAUUUUCAAAGGAUUUGUCGAAAUGAGGAAAAAUGCUCAACACUUGUUGCUUAUGGUGAAGAUGAUGCUUGGGUUGGAAAAACUUUCGUGUUUCAAUCAUAGUCCUGCGACUGUGAUCAAACUUAUGGAAAAAAGAUUAUUUCUCAAUCAGACUACAGAGUGUUUAUCCAAUAUUGAUUUAUUGAUUAAAAAUUCUAUUUUAAACUGGCGUUCAUCACAGUACGACAACUACCAGUGGUUCACUAAUGGAAUUUUAUAA